AUGGACAAUUGGUUGGUGUCCUUUCCGACGGAAGCAGAAGCCAUCUCUACCGCUCAUAGUUUAACCGAGACGUUGGAAAAGGGUGGUUUUCCGCUCACUCAAUGGGCAACAUCCAAUUCCAUCGUCCGUCAAUCUCUGACUGGCCAACAACUCGAUGGAACAGUCAUUAACAUGGAUCUUGACGCCGAACCCAUCGAAAGAACUCUCGGACUGGUGUGGAAUUUCCAUCUCGACGCCUUUAUCUUGGGAGCCUCCGUAAGAACAGACGGUCGGACUAAACGUGACCUCCUGAAAGCCAUUUUCAGCAUCUUCGACCCACUCGGUUUCCUCGUUCCAAUAGUGUUUCAGGCCAAGUUCCUGAUGCAGGAUAUUUGGCGGCAAAAAUUCGACUGGGAUGAAGAAUUGGAUCAAGACUUAAUCGAUCGCUGGAUCCAAUGGGCGCGUCCGUUACCUUCACUUAAUGGCCUCGUUUUAGACCGCUGCAUUACACCGGCUAGCGACGAUGUCGUGGCGACGGAACUCCAUGCCUUUGGGGAUGCGUCGGAAAUGGGGUAUGGUGCAGUCUGUUAUGCCCGUUUCAUCUACCGUAACGGAACAGCCAAUACCCGCCUCCUCAUCUCCAAGUCGAGAGUUGCACCAUUAAAAUUCAUGACCAUUCCGCAUCUUGAAUUGAACGCAGCUGUACUAGCUGCUCGUUUGACCGCCCAAGUGCGAGAAGAACACGAUCUUACAUUCGGAAAAACCACUUAUUGGUCCGACUCGACAACCGUCCUCAGCUGGAUUAAAUCCGGCUCCUGCCGCUUCCAAACGUAUGUCGGCAACCGAAUAGGAGAAAUCCUCGAAACUUCUUCAUCCAGUGAAUGGAACUAUGUCCCGAGCACCGCCAAUCCUGCUGAUGAUUCAAGUCGAGGACUCGAUGCAACGGAGUUCAACAUGGAACAUCGUUGGUUCUCGGGACCAGACUUCCUUAAAUUCUCUACCGACUGGCCAUGUAAUCCAUCCUUCUCACCGAUGGAAUCAAACGACCCAGAAAUCCGUGAGACUACGUGGGUUGGCCAAGUCCAAUUGCGUAACAAUGAGAUCGACCAGUUAAUCGGAAGAAAGUCAAGAAUCCACAUCAUCAUUCGCACCGUCGCCUAUAUCUUUCGGUUCAUUGCAAACGCGCGCAAGAACCCAGAACAGAGAAAGUUGGAUGGUCUUUCCGCAGAAGAGAUAAGCCUAGCUCGCAAUGUUCUUCUUCGACACGCACAGUCCAACGUUUACUGCAAUGAGGUGGACGAUUUACGGGCCGGCCGUCAAAUCGAAAGCAGCUUCAGCCUCAUCAAACUAUCGCCAUACAUGGAUCAUCGUGGUUUGUUGUGUGUUGGCGGCCGUAUAGACAAAGCGCCUCUCCCAAUGGACACUCGUCACCCGAUCAUCCUUCCACGUCAACAUCGUUUAACAGAGCUUAUUCUCUUCCAAAUGCACCGCGAUAGAGCACAUCUAUCGGCCGAAUAG